AUGUCGGCUCCAGUCGCCAGUAGGCAGUCGCAGCCAGGCUUCCGUGCCUUCAAAAAUAGUGACAAGCCAGAUGAAGUGAGGCGUUCUAACUUGUCGGCAGCCAAGGCUGUAAGUGACGCAAUUCGAACAUCUCUCGGACCGAAGGGUAUGGACAAGAUGAUCCAAACGUCGUCGGGAGAAGUGGUGAUUACGAACGACGGUGCGACGAUCCUGAAACACAUGGCGGUUGUGCAUCCUGCCGCACGCAUGCUUGUUGAUCUUUCUCAAGCGCAGGAUGUCGAGGCUGGUGAUGGAACAACAUCAGUUGUUGUCAUCGCUGGCAGUCUUCUCGGUGCAGCAGAGAAGCUCUUGACGAAAGGCAUACACCCAACAGUCAUCGCAGAAUCAUUCCAGCAUGCUGCUACCAAGGCCGUCGAGUAUCUGAACGAGAUCUCGACCCCAGUGAAUUUGAAUGACCGCGACAGUCUAUUGCGAGCAGCAACGACAUCCCUGAGCUCCAAAGUUGUCUCGCAGUACUCGUCUGUUUUGGCACCUAUCGCCGUCGACAGCGUGCUACGUAUCGUGGAUCCGAAAAAGGGAGAAGGUGAGUCGGUCGACCUUCGCGAUAUCCGCAUUGUGAAGAAGGUGGGUGGCACGAUCGAUGACACAGAGCUAGUCGACGGUCUCGUGCUGGAGCAAAAUGUGGUCACGUCAAGUGGCGGCCCAUCGCGCGUAGAAAAGGCCAAGAUCGCAGUGUGCCAAUUCCAGCUAAGCAGCCCGAAACCUGACAUGGACAAUCAAAUUGUUGUCAACGACUACCGACAAAUGGACAAAAUCCUGAAGGAAGAGCGACAGUACCUGCUAAAUAUGUGCAAGAAGAUCAAAAAGACAGGUUGCAACGUGCUUUUAAUGCAAAAGAGCAUUCUGCGUGAUGCUGUGAAUGAGCUUGCGCUGCAUUUCCUCGCGAAGCUCAAGAUUAUGGUCAUCAAGGACAUUGAGCGUGAUGAAAUCGAGUUCCUUUGCAAGUCUCUGGGCACGAGCCCCAUCACAGACAUUGAGGCAUUUACAGAGGAUAAACUUGCAAGCGCAGAUCUUGUUGAUGAAGUCCAACACAGUGGCGCUCGUGUGGUAAAGGUGUCCAAGAUCAAAAAUCCGGGUCGCACUGUCAGUGUGCUGUGCACAGGCUCGAAUUCGCUUGUCCUCGAAGAAAGCGAGCGUAGUCUUCAUGAUGCACUGUGUGUCGUUCGCUGUUUAGUGAAGAAACGCGCUCUGAUCGCGGGUGGUGGUGCGCCUGAAGUGCAUAUGUCGCGCAUGUUGGCACAGCAUGCGCAAACGCUCCAGAGCUUGGAGGCAUAUAGUUUCCAGGCUUUUGCGGAGGCGCUCGAAGUGAUCCCUACGACGCUGGCGGAAAAUGCAGGGUUGAAUCCCAUCACCAUUGUGACGGAGCUGCGUAAUCGUCAUGCCAUGGGGGAAAAGACAGCAGGUAUCAACGUGCGUAAGGGUAUGAUUACAAACAUUCUCGAAGAAAAUGUGCUGCAGCCACUCUUGGUGUCCACAAGUGCUCUAGAGCUUGCCACAGAGACCGUCGCGUUACUGCUGCGCAUUGAUGACUAUCACCUUUCUCGCUGA